AUGAUGCAAGAAACGGUGCUGCAAGUGUUUGUGGUGGCGUUGGGUCUUCUGCUGUGUCCCAGAGACCCUGGUGUUGAGGAGUGGGAUGAGGUCAUCACUCCAGGUUUGCAGACGCAUGAAGAGAGGCUGCUCAGGGGGAAAGAGAAACUGGACCAAGUUGGUGAUAAAAUGACACAAAAUGGAAACCAAGAGCCUCACGGUUACACAAACAUUUAUGAGCAACAGAAUCAGUUUGAUCGGCGUCUUAUCGAAAACGAUGGAUCAUUAGAUUCAGAUGUGGCCGUUUCUGAGGCACCAAGAGGGGCUGAUCACAGAUUACCAAAGGAUAGUGUUGCCAAGUCUGCUGCCAAUCUUGAAGACUAUAACAGUGAACCAAAGACUGAAGACGACGUCCUCGCCAACAGUUUUCCUAAAGCCUCGGGGAGUCCACAGGGAAGAAGCAAAAAGUCUGAAAAGAUGGAACAAAAAUCACCUGCAGAAGCUGAAACUGCACAGAAGGCCCUCGCAGCCGGGGAGAGGGAUUACCUUUGGUAUAUUUGGAACACCUUCUCCAUUAUUUCCAUGAUUCGCUUCUUCAGAAAAUACCUGAGGAGUUUUCAACUGAAUCAAGAGGUAAGCAGGACCUUCCCUGCAGAAUGCAGAGUUGCUGGAGUCCAACUACCUGACGCUGCUACUCUGCAUUAUUUUUUUGAUAAAUGUGUCCAAAUCUCAUCCGAGAAGAAGUGCAGAGAGGGAGAGUUUUUGGAAGGUUUUGCAAACGACCUUAUAGAAGCCAUGAGGAGCAUCUGCGACAACAAUGGCGGCAUGGCGAUCGAAGACUUCCAGGUGGUGAACACGUGCGAUAUCGUUGUUCACGUCACUCCACCUGAGCCGUACGGUUUUCAGUGCCAGCUCGGAAACAACCAGGUGAGCGGCCUGUUGUUGGACAUGCAAGUCUGUGGUCAAAUAAAACUGGUGGAAGAAAAGAAAAGCCAAAAUGGCUGCCCCUGCCAGUCCUCUGAGGAGAUGGUUUGCUUGCUGCAUUGCGAGAGCGAGAUUAAAACAAAAACGGUGAAUGUUUGGGAUGAUCUAUGCUCCAAAAACUCUCCGUUCCUGUCUAAAGCGAAAGUUGCCAGGUGGUUUCAGAGAACCAUCAAACAAGCCUGGGCACAAAUUUCACAUAAGUACGAGUUUGAGCUGAUCAUCCGCCACGUCGAGGCUCCAGGCGCUCUAGUCAUUCGGUUCAGAUCAGGGAAGAAGAUCAGCUUCAAUAUGAACCCAGUGGUUAAAUUCAACUCUGAAGCCCAUUUCUUCAUUACACCGUGGUCCUCAAGUACUUUGGACAUCUUCUGGACGCUCUCCCUGACCAACUAUGAGAACUGCCUUUUGGAGUACCUCUCCAAACAUCUCCCUGAAAACUCCUGCCACAAUCAAACCCUUGAAAUCGCUUGUUUUCUUCACAGGAGACAAAUGGCAUUGACAGGAAGUUCUGCACUAACGGACUACCAUUUCAAAAUGGCACUGAUGCAUCUUUUGUUGACUAAAAAGUCAUCAGAGUGGAACCCAGACUUUGUGGCUCACAGGCUACAAGACUUGUUGGGAUAUAUAGAGGAAAGCCUGGAGAAGAAGCUGCUGACCCACGUUUUUAUUGGCAACCCUUUAGCCCAGGUCAUUGAACUCCCCACAGAGUUCACCAAAAACAAACCAGUGAAUCUCUUCCAUCCCUUCGUUUUACAUAACUGCAUUUACCAAACUGCAGUUGCUCAUUUCCAGGAGAUGCUUCGAAACACAUGCAUGCUGAUACACGAGUAUGUUGCUCAACGUACGAACAGUACCAACUCUUUGAAGAAAUGUAUGAAAAAUGGUGCAAAAGUUACUUAUCCCAAAUAA